AUGAAGUUGUCACUGGUUCCUGGAUUAUUGGCGCUCAAUACAAUAGCAGGGGCCUCUUCCAGUCUCACUCCUCGAUGGCCUAGACCUGUCCUAGAGCUACCUUAUGCGACAUAUGAAGGGUAUUACAACGAGUCUUCCGGACUCGAUGUCUACCUAGGCGUGAGGUACGCCCAAUCGACCGCUGGAGAGAAUCGAUUCAGAGCCGCUCAGCCGCCUCUGAACCAGAGCGGUAAUGGAACGAUCGACGCUACAACCUUUGCGCCUCAGUGUGUCCAAUCUUCCCAAGGUGACAAUGAAAAGACGUACAAUCCGCUUCAGACAAGCGAUUCGGAAGAUUGCUUGUUCCUGAACAUUUAUGCGCCAUACCAAGCCAAAGAUCUACCUGUCUUCGUCUGGAUCCACGGUGGAGGAUGGGAUUUCAACUCGGCCAGAGAGUUUGAUCCUACACCGAUGAUCCUAUAUUCCAAUUCUUCGUUCAUCGGAGUCAUCAUUCAGUACCGUCUCGGUGCCUUUGGAGGUCUAGCUUCGUCAAAGAUGGGAGUUGGAAAUUCCAACUUUCAAGUGACGGACGCCAACUUUGCCCUGGAAUGGGUUCAAAAAUAUGCCGAGAGCUUUGGUGGAGAUCCAUCGCGAGUGACUAUCGGAGGAGAGAGUGCGGGCGGCGGAACCAUCCUCCAGCUCUACGGUGCAUACGGUGACUCCGGAGCGGCUCCACCUUGGAAGAAUGCUUUCGUCGCUUCUCCCUACAUGGUCACCAUGGGUGGAUGUGAUGAUCCUCGAUUUCACGGCCAAGAGUAUACAGAUUUUGCAAAUGCUCUGAAUUGCACCAAUGGAGAUAUUGAAUGUCUUCGAGGACUGCCCACUCAGCCGGUUAGGAUCGCCAGUUCCGAGUUUGGCACUCGAAAAUACACUGGAGCAUCUACGUCAUACUGCCCCUGUGUUGAAGGACCCGGAGGCUUCUUGACUGAGAACGCAGCGACAAGGCUGUUAAACGGUCCGAUCCCCAACACCACCCUGAUCGCUGGCAACAAUUACAAUGACGGACCUUCCUUUGUCAGCACGGCUCUGAACCCGUCCAAUAACUCGGCGACGUUCCAAGCCGAUGCAGACUACUUGUUGUCCGGAUGGUUGACCUACAACUUUAUGGUGACUCAUCAGGAUGUCAUCACUACCAUGCUGGAACUGUACCCUUUGAACGACUUUGCAGAUAAUAGGGAACGAGCCGGACAAGUGUAUGGGGAUAUAGUCUUUGCUUGCCCAAUCAACUGGGCCUUGAAUAAGACUGGAAGUACGGGCUACCGAUACCUCUACUCUGUCCUGCCCGCAACCCACGCUCAGGACAACGCCGAAGAGUUCCCUUACUUUUAUGGAGGCCGAGCGCCAUCCUCUCCAUCCUUCUACGCUUCAUUCAUCGGACCCCUCGUUUCCCUCAUCACGACCGAUGAUCCCAACUCUGGAUCACCCGAUAUCGAGUGGCCGACCUGGUCCGACGAUCAACAAUUCAAAGUCUUGAACUUGUCUCUGUCAAACAACAAUAUCAGCGAUUCUUAUAUUUCCAACUCCUUGCCUCAGGUCGGGACGGAAGAACGAUGCGCAUUCUGGGGAGCAGUAAGGGAAGCCGGAAAUUGGUGA